AUGCUAGAACCCUUCUUUGCUGCGCCUACUCCAUCAGUUGUUGACCCAGUCAAGACAAAGCCACGAGCUCGUAAACCAGGUCCUCGCCAACAGGGUCCUAAAAAGUUUGAGUUUGUGUCUUCGGGUCCCGUUGGUAAACCUGCGCCCGAGACUCGAAAGUUCAUCCGUAGCCAUGUAAUGCGCGGCAAGAAUACCAAGAAGACAUUGACAGUGCAACCAAACCAUGAACCAAGCCAAGACGACGUUGAAGAGAUUCAUCGUCCUGCGCCAUUGGCUGUCACUAACAUCACAAAUGACUCCUUAUGGACCGUCGGACAUACCCAUUCCCGCGGCGACAGAGCUUGGAUUCAGUCGCCGUCUCUCAUCGCCCAUCUAAUCAAACCUCCCCCUGAUCUAGAACUCUUUACAUUCGCUACCCCACUCGAUCAAACCUCUCUAUAUCUUAUAUACAGAUUUUUAACCACCAUAAAAGACACACUCUACCCAGCAGAAUGGUGCGUCGACUCGGAUUACCAAAAAGCAUGCUGGUUCCACUGGCUUUUAGAAGACCCAGCCUACCUACACUGCGUAUGCUUCAUGGUCAGCGCCUAUCAAGACCUCAUCGCGGCUCAAGGUCGUGGAAAAGGUUGGGCUGGAGAGUGUUCUACCUCGACGAGGAACCGGCUGCGACAUACUAUCAAGCUGUUGCAGGAUAGACUGCAAGACCCCAAAAAGCAAAUGGACGAUACUACGACUGCUACUAUUAUCUCUCUGGCCACGAUGGCUGAUGUUAUGGAGGAUCCUCAGGCUUUUGAGGCGCACUCUAAUGGGUUGAGGCGGAUAGUCAAAAUGAGAGGUGGUUUGGAGGGAUACACACAUAACCGUCAACUCCAGAUCAAGCUGUGUCGCGUCGAUCUUGGAUGGUCCAUAAGAAACGGCUGCAAACCCGAAAUCUACAGCGGCAGACCAGCCUGGGAACCCCUCCUCGAAGCCUUUGGAACCGUCGCAUGCUCCUUCGAGAUCCAAGAGCCAUCACUAAACUUUAUGAACAUCUACUACACCUGGGACUGGCGUCUCCAAAACGCCUUCAAAGACCUCCGCGAUUUUUCAGCACUAGCCAACAAACUCUCACCCGGAGCUCAAAAACUCGAGCCAGAAGCGUUUCAAGAAAUCAUGCUCUCGAUCCAAUACAGACUACUACAGCUUGACUUUUCCUCCCACCCAGAUCCUUUACAAGAAGCGCUCCGCGUCGGUCUUUUAGCCUACGAGUCAACCAUCUUUUUGCAAAUACAGAAAACAAAGUUAAAGUCGGAGUCUUUUGAGAUUCAGUUUCGGGAGGCUAUACAGGGGAUACCCGUGCAGGGAGAAGCAGUUGCGAAUGUCAAGCUCUGGCUUUUGCUUAUUGGGGCAAUAAUGGUGUUUGAGGGGAGUGAGGAGUGGCUUGUGCAGUCUAUCAGGAGUCUGGCAGGGAGGCAGGGGUGGGAUGAGGUGAGGGAGCGUGUGAGGGAGGUUAUGUGGAUUGAUGUGAUUCAUGAUGGGCCUGGUAAGGAGGCGUAUCAAGCUGCGCAGGUUUGUGGGUAA